GUUCAAGGUUUAGGAAGAAUGGAGGCUAGCUAGCUAGCUAGACUAUCAUCAACGAGUACUAUAAAUUUGAUCAAAGGAGUACAUCAUGAUAUUGCAUGUAAGAAAAACCUACUCUUUGACAUAUUCAGUCUUUCUUUUAGUUUGUGAAUUGGUUUCUCUCCUCUAGUCCUCUUCUCCCCAACAAAAGAAUGGCUGCCAAUAAUAUACCACCAUUUUUAACCGGCCUUGAUGAAAAAACACAGUUGCAUGAAGCUACACGCCGUUCUGCCAACUAUCAUCCCAGCAUUUGGGGAGACUUCUUCCUAUCAUUUUCUUCUCCACAAAUGGACAAAAAUACCAAAGAUUUGCAAGAAGAUCAUGAACAACUAAAGCAAAAGGUGAGGAACAUGCUUGUUGAGGAUCCCGACAUUUCAUUGCGGAAACUAGAAUUGAUUAACAACGUCCAACGGUUAGGAGUGAGUUAUCAUUUCGAAAAGGAGGUUAGAGCAAUCCUGCAAAAAACAUUUGAGGUCAACGAUGACCUUAAUGCCAAGGACAUAGAGGCGGAUGAUCUUCAUGUCAUUUCUCUUCGCUUUCGACUACUUAGACAAGAAGCGUAUUAUGCAUCUACCGGUCCUUUUGAAUAUUUUUUGGAAAGUGAUGGCAAAUUCAAGGAAUCCAUGAUCAACAAUGUGGAUGCAAUGUUAAGCUUGUAUGAGGCGUCACAUGUUAGAGUUCACGGGGAAAAGAUUUUGGAUGAAGCACUCAUAUUUACCACUACUCAUCUACAAACCCUAUUCACAAACUCUAAAGUUAGUGAAGCACUAGAACAGCCCAUUUGUAAAAGAUUAGCCAGGAUAGAUGCAAGAAAAUACAUAUCCAUUUACCAACUUGAUGAAUCGCAUGAUGCUGUUCUGUUGGAAUUUGCAAAACUGGAUUUCAACUUGUUGCAAAGACAGCAUCAGAAGGAGCUAGGCAGCCUUACAAGGUGGUGGAAAGAAUUAGAUGCAGCAGAAAAACUGCCAUUCGCUAGAGAUAGAAUGGUAGAGUGCUAUUUGUGGACAUUGGGAGUGUACUUUGAACCACAAUAUGGUUUUGCAAGAGACUUUUUUCUUAAAAUAAUAUCUCUGACUUCAAUCCUUGAUGACAUAUAUGACGUUUAUGGAACUCUUGAAGAGCUCCGGUUAUUCACUCAUGCUUUCCAACGAUUAUAUGAGAGUAAUGCAAACGAAUUGCCAGAAUAUAUGAAAAUAGUCUACACAGCCUUUGUAGACGCAUAUGCUGAAAUGGACAAAAAGUUGGUAGCCACAGGGGAAUCAUACCGCAUCAAUUAUGCCAAAAUUGAGAUGAAGAAAUUAGUGGAUGCAUACUAUGAAGAAGCCAAGUGGUUGUAUGUUGAUGGGUCUCCAACUUAUGAUCAGUACAUGAGGGUGGCACUUCAGACAGGUGCUCAUUUGAUGCUAGCAACAACUUCUUUAGUAGGAAUGCAAGAAGAGUUCGUAACUAAAGAGACCUUUGAUUGGCUGAGUCAAGAUCCUUUAAUUGUUCGAGCUUCUGCCAUUAUUGGCAGAUUAAAGGAUGACAUAGCAGGACACAAGUUUGAACAAGAAAGAGGGCAUGUGGACUCGGCUGUAGAAUGCUACAUAAGACAAUAUGGGAAGUCAGAAGAAGAAGCUGUGAGAGAACUUGAAGAACAAGUCACCAAUGCAUGGAAAGACAUCAAUCAAGAAUGCCUUAAACCAACUGCUACUUUUCCAAUGCCAAUACUCAUCCGAGUUGUCAAUCUUGCCAGGGUCAUUGAUUUGGUGUAUGAUGCUGAUGGGGAUUCAUACACACAUUCCUCAAAGCUUAAAUCAAUCAUCACCUCUAUCUUGGUUGAUCCGGUCUUGUGAAUCUCAAAUAGUUAAAUCUAGGCUAAAAAGUCAAAUAGGCCCUUAUAUCGGUCCUGUAAGCUCAAUUCAGUCCCUGAACUAAAAAAAGAUUCAAUCACCCCGCCCCUUCGGCAAAAAAAGGUUCAAAUUUCAUUUUUUAAGGUUAACAACAGGUAAAAAGGUCCAAUUCGCACCCCUAAAGUAUUAAAAGUGUCAAAAUUGCAAUAAAUCGGAAAUAAGAAACAAAAACAAUUAAAAAAUUGACCGGUUAUUUACCCGUAAAAAAUGAAAUUUGAACCAUUUUGUGUCGAUCUAGGGUGUGAAUGGAACCUUUUUUUAGUGCAAGGACUGAAUUGAGCUUACACCCUUACACGACUGUUUAGCCUUAAAUCUAUCGAAGUUUUAUUACUUGUAACUAAUACCGAGUAUAAUAUGGGUGUUUUUGUAAAUUAAACAAUAAAGGAGUAUAAUUUGAAGGACAAUCAUUACUUUUCCUUCUUCUAUUUCUUUUUCUUUAAUUUCUUAUAUAAAAGUUAUAAUUUAC